UUCACAUGUUAUUAGGGGAAAGCGCGUACGCAGUCCCCACUACCAUAAAUUGUGCAGUUGAGAUUCCCACAUUUGAGGAAUUCACAGAGGUCAGAAUUGCCUUUGUGCAAUGGCAAAGCCUCGCUCUGGAUGAACCACCUUUGUGAUCAUGGUAUCAUCCCUGCCAGGUAAGUAUGAGUGGGAGACAGCCGGGCGAGGGGUGGGUUUCAGCCGCAUACGAGUCAGCCUGACGGUUUUACGGAAAUAAGCAGCAACACAAUGUUUAGUGGAACACGAUCAUAAUUUGAAAUCUAACUCGUUCACCAAAUGAUUAAUGCUAUUUUAUUGACAUGUAAUAGUUAAUUUGAAAGUUAAAUAGGCUGAGAUUUUCCCAUAAUGCUUUGCCGCAAUGUAUGGGUUCGACGUCGCAGCUUACUUCCGGUCAGCGAGCGUUUUAUUUUUUUUUUAAGUUUUACAAAUCAUUAUACAAUGACAAUGACUAGGGAGUCAUUUAUGUAAUAUAUUCUGCAAGCGUCCAAAAUGAUAAGACUAACGUGAUAAGUGAGGCUUUCCUUUUUAACUGUGGUUUCAUUCAGCCAAAUUGACCUGGUGUCUAUUAACAGGUGUUUCCCCAGCUUUGCUCACAAAAGAUUAAUAAAACUGGAGUAAAAUGUUAAGAAAAAAAUAAGUACACUGUAAAACAAGUCCAUAUGGGACAAAACAUGCGUCGACAUUCGUCUAUUUUACGAAUAAACUGCUCCAGCAAUGUCACGCUAGCGUGGCUGUAAGAGUACUGUGAGUUUUGGCGCCAUCUAGUGGACCACCGAACAGAGCGACAUGCUAACCCUGACCAGGGGCGGGAGCAUGUGCAGUAGGCCAGCUGCUAUGAGCCCAGUGAACACACGGCUAUUUUGCAUAAACGCAAAUAUUGAAUAAAAGUCAUCUGGCGUUUAAACAAGAACUUGUUUGGUGAAGUUAAGCUAUCAACUUGCACAGUUUUAGCUGCCAUAAACGAUCCCAUACUCGCAUACAUUACAGUGUAAAGAAAACAGUAUAAACGGCUACUCAUUAGCAGAGGAGACCUACAUUAUCCGACACCUGGUGAUGCACAAGCUUACCAGCCUGUUAACUUAAUUAGUACCCUGAAAGAAAAGUUCAGUUACAGCAGGGGUUAUUAAUGAUUUAUUAAUCAUUGGCUUACCCAUGGACUGGCGCGACACCACCGAGUUUAAGGCCUCAAAAGCGAGAUUUUCAACACUCAUCUGAGGAAAGCUGAAGGUGCCAUUGAAGAUGACGGAUGGGCUAUUUUCAUACAGGAAAACUUUCUCCAUAAAAUACGCGACGUGUUCCAGGAUAAACAGACUGCUGAGUAAAUAACAUUUAGAGAACGAUGUCUGUCUCAAACGCACGUUUAAAAAAGUCAUUAAUUGUCUAAUAUUUGCUUAUAUCAGUAAAAGCCCGUGGAGCCUGUAAAAAGAAAGAAAUGUCCUGUUUUGCAAGUAUUUUUAUGACAUGUCAGCUUGUGGCUUUAUACGAGGUAUCCCAGGUAUUUCACUUCUUGUGCCCAAGCACACAUUUGGAGUCAAACCAGCCACAGUCACAGUGCUGCUCCACGUUUUGCUCUCUGAUUGCUGGCUGCAUGUUUAGCCAGGUGAUUACCUGUUAAGCCUCUCUGACGGUGGGAGGUCGAGAGCAGAUAGAGCAGAGUAUACCAGAGUGAAGCCAUUCACAACACAAGAGGAACACCGCUAAAAGAGGACACGAUCUCUUAUUGCUCAUACUAACUGGACACAGAGGUAAGCAUGUCCAAAGCAGGAGAGCGGACCCCUUCAACAACUUCCGCUGACUCAGCCUCAGCAGAUGGAAAAGAAGGCGGCACUAAAUCUCCCAAGGGAAAGGAGUCCCCAUCAGGCUCAGUCUCCGAAACGCCCAAGAAGUCUUUGAAGAAGUCCAAGAAGGUCUCUGAGAGUAAGAAAAAAGUCUACAUCUCCGUGCUCAACAGUAUUUUUGGGGCGGACAGAGAACUGGCUCCGGCUGAAUUAGACGAGCUGCACGAGGCCUUUAAGGAGUUUGACUACGACCAAGAUGGCUACUUGAACUACAAGGACGUGGCUGAGUGCAUGAGGACUAUGGGAUACAUGCCCACUGAAAUGGAGCUGCUGGAAAUAGUGCAACAGAUAAAGAUGAGAAUGGGCGGGUUAAUGGACUUUGAAGACUUCAUUGAACUGAUGGGACCGAGGAUGAUGGGCGAGACGGCGGACAUGCUGGGACUAAAGGAGCUCCAGUCGGCCUUCAUGCAGUUUGAUGUAGACGGAGAUGGAAUAAUCAACCUGGAGGAGUUGAAGGAAGCGCUGAAGACCCUGCUGGGGGAGAAGCUGAAGAAAGGAGAACUAGAGGAGAUCUUAAAGGAGCUGGAUAUUAAUGCAGAUGGGAGCAUUGAUUUUGAAGGUGAGAAGACAUCAGCAUGUUCGGACCAUUAACUGAUUCAUUAGAAGUGUGUGUGUUUUUACACUUUUCAAACUUUUCAUCCACAUUCACCAUUACACUUCUGUCAGAUAGCCACACACUGACUCAGUUUUCUCUUCUUUCUCCUUUUGCUCAGAGUUUGUGAUGAUGCUCUCUAUUCGCUAAUCGUUCGACAGACCGACCAACCAUGGACAGACUGCUUUGGUCCACAGCUGUAUUCACAGUUAGGCUCACUUGUGUUUGUAACCUAGCUACAGACUUUUACUACAUAAAGUGUGGCCUAGCCUUGCAAUAAUGCUGCAUGUGACGAACUUCUGCAUGACUCCCACAUGUCAUCAAAUGCAGAAUAUGCAGAGUGUUAUGAUUUUGUAGAUUCAUGAACAUUUUGUUGUGAUAUAGCAUGUAAAUAAGACUGCAGUGUUUUGCUAUUUUAAUAAAGAAAUCAAACUCA